GGAGCGCGCGCAAACCCGAGACAUCUGAUUCCAUUAACAUCAGUGUGAACAGGAUUCAUUAUUUCAAACGAAGUAUUUUAAUUCUUCUAUAUUAACACUUCCAUUUCAGAACUGCCAGGCUUGCUCCUCUAACCCAUGGAUGAAGAAGCUGAGAGAGUGAAAGCUAAUAUGGGUGGAGGGACAGUGGCGCUACCAACAAUUUUCAUGAUUUCAGAUCUCCUCCCUGACAUUAACAUGACCAACAACACCAAUCUCACAGAGGAGAUCCUAUUCUCUCCAUACUUCCAACACUCUCUAGGCAUGGCUGCUGUGUUCGUCCUGGCCUACUUGUUUAUCUUCCUGCUCUGCAUGAUCGGUAACAGUGUGGUGUGUCUUAUAGUCCUGAGGAAGAGGCACAUGUGGACGGUCACUAACGUUUUCAUCCUGAACCUUUCAAUCAGCGAUCUGCUUGUGGGGAUCUUCUGUAUUCCCACCACUUUGGUGGACAAUCUCAUAACAGGCUGGCCUUUCAGUAACAUUAUAUGCAAGCUGAGUGGCCUUGUGCAAGGAAUGUCGGUCUGUGCUUCCGUCUUCACACUGGUGGCCAUUGCAGUGGACAGGUUUCGCAGUGUAGUUUACCCCUUUAAACCCAAACUAACACUUUUUGUGGCAAAGGCAAUCAUUGGGAUGAUUUGGCUAUUGGCUCUGGUCAUAAUGUUCCCCUCAGCCCUGAUGUUGACGGCCCAGCAAGAACGAAGCCACUUUAUGGUUCAAGAUGACAACUACAACCUGACCUAUCCUCUUUAUUCUUGCUAUGAGACCUGGCCUGAGCCUGAGAUGCGGAAAGUGUACACCACAGUGCUGUUUGCUCAUAUAUACCUGAUUCCGCUCAUUCUUAUUGUCAUUAUGUAUGGCCGCAUUGGAGCUAAACUGUACUCGACCACCUUCCUGGUCAAAGUGAACCAACCUGAUGUCACACCUCAAAGGAAGUCACCUAUAUCACACAGGAAGAUCAAAGUCAUCAAAAUGCUCAUCGUUGUGGCCCUUCUUUUCAUGCUGUCCUGGCUGCCUCUGUGGACCUUGAUGCUGCUAACAGACUACGCACGUCCUGAAGGAGACCAACUAGAUCUUCUAACAGGUUACAUUUUCCCUUUCUCCCAUUGGUUGGCCUUCUCCAACUCUAGUGUCAACCCCAUCAUCUAUGGUUACUACAACAAAAAUUUCAGACGAGGAUUUCAGGCUGCUUGGAUGCAGCGACCAUCCUGCUGCUUGGACAGGCCUUCACAGAUCCAUCUCAGGAGGGUAAAGAGGGGCAACAAGACUUGCUCCCACUUGGACAAAGCUCUCAAUACCAACCUGGGAAUUAAAAACAAAAUCUACACUGACAACGACCUAACAGGCUGCGUGCGUCUGGAGAUGGAACACAGGAAAGUGUCUAAGGAAAUGAGAAGCUCGGGGGCUGAAGGAGGAAACAGGGGAACAGCAAUCAAAAGAGAGCUGCUGGAAGACAUCGAGAGGAUCUCGCCAACGGGACCUACGGUGUACCAGGCUUGGGAACUUUGAGUGGUUCACCUUAAGGCAAAGCAAAUGGUCAUAAUGCAUGCUGAACGUGAGGUUUCUAUAAGCAAAGUUGCUCCUGCCAAUGAUAGAGAAAAAGAAUGUACACUUAAAGUAAAAUGCACCAAUGGCCAUAAGCCAAAAACCCAAGAAAGAAAAUUGCUUGUAUUUUUCAGGUAACCUUUGUAUAAAAGUCUCAUACUGGCAAAGUAUAUAUCAGAUCAGGCCUUACAUUCUUGUAAGCAGGCCAUUUAUCACAUAAUUUACCAGUCAGGUACAAGUCAGGUAACAGAAAAUAAGCCCCAAGAUAAAUGGACUUGGAAUUGUGUAUUAGCAUCAUGGGACUCACAACCCUUUGUUCAUUCCUUGCUUCAUUCCAGUGCUAUAAAUAUUGUGAUACUAUUAGUCUUACACACAAUGAGUGUCCAAUCUUUGGUGGCAUAAGAACAAAAUGAAUGUAUUUACUUUCAUAUGAGAAAAAUAUGCUUAUAAGCUUACUUUCUGCCAGACUCAUUACACACAGGCUGCUGCUUCUUUAAAUUCUGCCUUGUUCAUGCAGUUAUUUUUCCAAACCCUGUGACUUUUCCUGCUUUGUUGUUGCUUUCCCUUCACUCAUUCAUCAGAAAGACAUUAUCAAAUGUAUAUAUUGCUUUUUUAGCCUGAUGAAUAGUUGAAAGCUAUUUUGCAGUCUUUCUAUACUGCAGUUUGGGAGCAUAUGUAAAAUUUGUCUCAUGAGCAAGGGGUUGAUCC